AUGGCUCCCCGUUCGAGGCAAAGUGGCAAUGAUACCGACGCGUCAAUGGUCGAUGCGCCUGAACCAACUCAUACCUCGCAGCCGGGCGACGAUAUGGAUGUCGACGAGACCCCCGACUAUACCGACUCGGACACGAAUCCGAACACUACGGCCAGCAGCGUUGUCGGCGAACCCAUCGUCGAUGGCCGUAAGAAGCGUUCAGAAGCGAACCAGCUGCGUAGGAGUAUAUUUGGCAAGAAACACGACAGGCUUGGGGAAUCGAAGGAGGAUGACACACUGCGCCGAUUCCGUUAUCUUCUAGGCCUGACCGACCUCUUUCGCCACUUCAUCGAAACGAACCCGGAUCCCAAAAUCCGCGAGAUCAUGGCCGAAAUCGAUCGCCAGAAUGAAGAGGCAACGAGGCAGAAGAAAGCGGGUGGUCGCCAAGGCGGCGCGACUAGCGAGAGGCGUCGCCGGACCGAAGCCGAAGAAGACGCUGAACUACUCAAGGACGAGAAGCAAGGAGGGUCCGCCGAAACAGUCUUCCGCGAGUCACCUGCCUUCAUCCACGGCACCAUGAGAGACUACCAGAUUGCCGGCCUGAACUGGUUGAUCUCCCUCCAUGAGAACGGCAUCUCGGGCAUUCUUGCCGAUGAAAUGGGGCUGGGCAAGACCUUGCAGACGAUAUCCUUCUUGGGUUACUUGCGCCACAUCAUGGGCAUCACGGGCCCUCAUCUCAUCACAGUGCCCAAGUCGACCUUGGAUAACUGGAAGCGAGAAUUUGCCAAGUGGACUCCCGAGGUCAACGUGCUCGUUCUACAGGGCGCCAAAGAGGAGCGAAAUCAGCUCAUCAAUGAUCGGUUGAUUGACGAGAAUUUCGAUGUCUGCAUCACCAGCUACGAAAUGAUCCUUCGCGAAAAGGCCCAUCUGAGGAAGUUUGCUUGGGAGUACAUCAUUAUCGACGAGGCGCACCGUAUCAAGAACGAAGAGUCGUCUUUGGCUCAGGUCAUCCGCAUGUUCAACUCGAGGAACCGCCUCCUGAUUACCGGAACGCCUCUACAAAACAACCUACACGAACUCUGGGCGCUCCUCAACUUCUUACUUCCCGAUGUAUUCGGAGACUCUGAGGCUUUCGAUCAGUGGUUCUCAGGCCAGGGCAGGGACCAGGAUACAGUCGUUCAGCAGUUACAUCGCGUGCUCCGACCCUUCCUGCUUCGUCGCGUCAAGAGUGAUGUGGAGAAAAGCUUGCUUCCCAAGAAGGAGGUCAAUGUCUACAUUGGCAUGUCGGAGAUGCAGGUGAAGUGGUACCAAAAGAUUCUCGAGAAGGAUAUUGACGCUGUCAACGGUGCGGGUGGAAAACGCGAGUCCAAAACACGGCUGCUCAACAUCGUCAUGCAGCUUCGCAAGUGCUGUAACCACCCCUAUCUUUUCGAGGGCGCCGAGCCUGGCCCGCCGUAUACUACGGACGAACACCUUGUGUACAAUUCGGGCAAGAUGCUUGUCCUCGAUAAGCUACUGAAGAGGUUGCAGAGACAGGGCAGUCGCGUGCUUAUCUUCUCCCAGAUGAGCCGUUUGCUGGAUAUUUUGGAGGACUAUUGCGUGUUUAGGGGCUAUAAGUACUGUCGCAUUGACGGCAGCACGGCCCACGAGGACCGUAUCGCCGCUAUUGACGAUUACAACAAACCGGACUCGGAGAAGUUCAUCUUCUUACUGACAACAAGAGCCGGUGGUCUCGGCAUCAACCUGACAACAGCUGACAUCGUCAUACUCUAUGACAGCGAUUGGAAUCCGCAAGCUGAUUUGCAGGCCAUGGACCGGGCUCACCGUAUCGGGCAAACAAAACAGGUAGUCGUGUACCGUUUUGUCACGGACAAUGCGAUUGAGGAGAAGGUUCUGGAGCGAGCGGCACAAAAGCUGCGCCUCGAUCAGCUCGUCAUCCAACAAGGCCGCGCCCAAGUCGCCGCCAAAGCCGCUGCCAACAAGGACGAACUCCUGUCCAUGAUCCAGCACGGUGCGGAGAAGGUGUUCCAGACUAAGGGUGCAUUUGGAACAUUGGCAGAAAAGGGUGGCGACCUGAACGACGAUGAUAUCGAUGCGAUCCUUCAGGCUGGCGAGUCACGCACCAAGGAACUCAAUGCCAGGUACGAGAAACUCGGUAUCGAUGACCUCCAGAAGUUUACGUCCGAGUCGGCCUAUGAAUGGAAUGGCGAGGAUUUUGCGGCUCGCAAGAAGGAUAUUGGCGUCAACUGGAUCAACCCUGCCAAGCGCGAACGCAAGGAGCAGAUCUACUCGAUCGACAAGUACUAUAAGCAGGCCCUACAUACCGGAGGCCGGACUGCCGAGGCUAAGCCGAAAGCGCCACGUGCUCCUAAACAAGUCCCGGUUCACGAUUACCAGUUCUAUCCGCCCAGGCUCCGCGACCUCCAGGAUAGAGAGACGGCAUACUACCGCAAAGAGAUCGGGUACAAGGUUCCCCUCCCGGAAGGCGACGACGACAACUUGUCAGAACGCGAAGCCGAGAGAGCCCUUGACCAGCAGGAGAUCGACAACGCUACCCCGCUCACCGAAGAAGAGCAGGAGGAAAAGCAGAGGCUGGCGCAACAAGGGUUUGGGGACUGGAACCGGCGCGAUUUCCAGCAAUUCAUCAACGGAUCUGGGAAGUAUGGGCGGCAUGACUACGAGGGGAUCGCCAUGGAGGUUGACAGCAAGACGCCCGCAGAAGUCAAGGCGUAUGCUAAGGUGUUCUGGCAACGGUACACCGAAAUUGCGGAUUACAACAAGUACAUCAAGAUCAUCGAGGAUGGGGAAGAGCGGAUGCGUAAGAUUGAGCAACAGCGCAAGAUGUUGCGCAAGAAGAUGAGCCAGUACCGUGUCCCACUGCAACAGCUCAAGAUCAACUACUCUGUCUCGACCACCAACAAGAAGGUAUACACGGAGGAGGAGGACCGGUUCCUGCUCGUGCUGUUGGACAAGUACGGCGUGGAUUCGGAGGGCAUCUACGAAAAGAUCCGUGAUGAGAUCCGCGAGAGCCCGCUGUUCCGUUUCGAUUGGUUUUUCCUGAGUCGGACCCCGACCGAGCUGAGCCGCCGUUGUAACACUCUCCUCACUACGGUUGUCAAGGAGUUUGAAGAUGUCAGCACUACCAAGGUCAACGGCGCGAACGGAAAACUCAAGCGGGAACCUGAUGACGAAGAAAAUGACGAGGACAGCAUCCUCGGCUUAGCUCCAGCUAAGAAGAAGACCAAGGCGAAUGGCGUGAAGAAUAAGGCUCUUGACAACGUCAAGUCGGCAACGGGCAGCAAGGCCAAUUCGACUUCCCCUUCACGGGCGUCAAGUGUCACGUCUACAACGUCGAAUGCCGCUGGCUCAAAGGCCAAAUCGAAAGGCAAGAAGAAAUAG